CUGUGGUCAUCAUUAUAGACUCAUGGACAGUCAAAAGCUUUCUUUAAAUCGAGUACUAUCCUACAAGUUUCAUUCAUGAAAAUUUUUUAAAUGAGCCUGUCAGUCAUCAUUAGUACAAAUUAGGUUUACUUGUUCGAAAUAGUCCAAAAAACCGUUCGCGUUUAAGACGGUAUUUUUUUUUGUACAAAAACAAAAUAGGAUGCCCAAAUCGAAAGGUUUAUUCACUGAAGAGGCACCAUUAAAAACACGUAUGUGGAAGAUUUUCACUGUAAUAAGGAUGUUUCUCUUUCAGAAAAAAACAUAUUCCUUCCAAAUGGAAACUACCAUGAAUCAUUUACAAUGCAUACAUGAAUUUAAAUAUGCAACUUUAUAUUGGAAAUGGAAAGAAACGAAAGUAUUCAGUGAACAUUGACCCAGUUUAUUAUUAGAUCUGUAUAACAGUUUUUCCACUAAUUGCCAGCUCUUAAUUCAUUUAAGAGUUAGCUGUUAUUAUUUAAUUCUCACAAAAAAACAAAACAACAAUAAUCAAUAUAUAACUAAUCUGCAUUCGAAAUGUACUUUACUAAACCUGAAGAUUAUGGCUUACUCGAGAGUGGUCCAACUAUGAACUAUUGGAUUUGGGUACCAACAUUCCUUACUAUUGCCUCCAUGAUGAUCUCUGUCAUUUCACAAUAUUUCUCCUAUUUGUGGCCUGCUGUAGAAUAUAAGAAACAAUUCAAGAAUAAGACAACUCACUAUGUGUUCCUUUCAUAUGCUGUUAACCAUACACUUUCUGCUAUACUGACCACAUUCACAAUUGCCUAUGCUAGAUACUAUGGUACUUGUUAUGAAUCUAACAUUUUUGAGAUGGGUGUUCUCGAGUUGAUCAAGUAUAUCCUUACUGUGAUAUUAUGUGCUGUUCAACAGGUGGUCAUCUAUGACUUUUUAAUUUACCUUUUCCACAGAAGUUGUCAUGUUAAUAAGUGGAUGUAUAUUCAUAUUCACAAAUGGCAUCACGAGAAUAAUACUCCACGAGGAAUCUGUGAUGGAAUUUAUGGUGAUGCCUUUGAGGGAACUUUGGUGGCUUACUUUGCUGUUGGUCAAAUGAUGUUUUUCUCAUUGCCAGUCAGUUCAAUUUGUCUCUUCUUAUUGUAUAUUAGUUUCUUUGUCCAAUUGAAUCACAGUGGAAGAAAGGUUAAGAUUCCAUAUUUCUAUACUUUCAAAUCCCAUGCCAUUCACCAUCGUCAUUUCAAAUAUAAUUUCUCUGAACACAUUCCUUUGUGGGAUUAUUUGUUUGGAACAUUGAAGUUGGACGAAAUCAGUGACAAUCAAUUCUAAAUUGCAACCUGUAGAAAUACUGUACAUUAUAAUAUUAUUCGAAACUCUAGAGGAAGGGCGAAAGACCUUUCAAUCCGAAUGAGGCCAAAGAGCCACUCAAAUUGCAAAGGAAAUUUAACACAAAGAUCCACAAACAAUGAAUCAUGAAAUAAACUUCUCACAUUUCCAUUCUG